CCACACUUUGUUAUUUAAGCUGGUUGGCGACUGGUCACAUUUUGCAACAUUCAGAUGUUGUGUGCAAUCUGUAAACCAACUCAUCCAAACUCACACAAGUCAAUUCAUUGUGAAACUGGGGAACUGGCUGAACUCUGAAAGCCCCUAACCAAAAGAGAUAGGCAUUUGUUGUCUUGAGAAUAAUCUAAAGUACGGUAAAAAUAUUUGCAAAGCUUUUUAAAGCUGAAUCCAGGAGUGUAAUAUUCACCCUGGCUGUUAGCCAUGAAAGCCCCGACAGGCUCGCUCUAUGUAUAAUUAUCACAUUGUGUACAACUGCUUAGACUAAACAAUUGGACACCCGGAACGUGGGCCAAAGAAAAGUACGAGGUAGAUGUUCGUUGCUAUGACUAGAAUUACUGUUUGUGUUGUCGGGAGGCAUCAGUGUUUUAUUUGAGCUGUUUUGUACGAUGGUGGCUCCCUCAGCGUUUGUGGCAGCUAUUUCUUCUGAGACAGACCCACCCACUUUUCUAACUUUGGGUGAAACAGUAUGUAAGCCCAGCCACCUUCCCCGUGAAUCAUGUUAACUCGGCCCCCUAUACUGAGGUGCUGUGGGGACCGACACCAGUCUGCUGCCAAAUGCCAGCGUUGAGAGAGAAAGGGAUUCGGUUCUACUAGCGAGGGAUAACGCAACCCGGAGCCGUUUGAGGGCAUGCAGAGACCUUGUUUAUAAAGGAAAUUCCACAACAUUGCAAGAUGUGGACCACUUACAUGAACGGCAUUGUAGCACAGAAGAAAUUACGCAAAGAAUGUACCCAAGUGAAAGAUUCCGUUGUGUUUCCUCCAAUUGGCAACGGUCUCCUGGGUAAUUCUUUUCCUCCUGUGAUUCGGAAAAAACAAGUGAGCAGCUCAAAGAGUCAAAGUCUCUCCAGUAGCUUGCAGGAUUUGUUCUUCACUCCUCGGAUCCUGGACUCACACAGAAUUUCAUAUACGAUCAGUGACCUUAAGGAUAACAGAGCAGCAGAAUGUCAUUGGAGAGUGCCUUAUAGAAAGGUCAGCAGUGAUACAAACUGCAAGAUCAAGACCCAUUUAAAGAAUCAUUUGCAUCAACGACAUGUGAAGCGGAUCACUCAGUGUUAUGAAUCUGUAAACGAGGACAAUGGAGGCUCUUCAGAGAGGGACAAGACCUUUUUACAUCUAGGACAGUCAUAUAACAUUUCAUUAUAUAAGUCUGGCAGCUGCACAUCACCUCAACUCCUGAACAGUCCAACUGAUUACUGUGAAGAUUUAUUGUCCUGUAGUCUGCAGAAUGAAUUGAGAUACUUUGGAGAAACGAAGGUAGCACAGCAAAUGAGCCAGCCUGGAAAUGACUAUGAUGACCAUGAAAAUUUUUCACUUCCAGCUGAUGCAAGCAGUCAAGCAGUGAAUUUGGUGUCAGCUUCUUGCAAGGAGCUGGAAGAAGAGCAGGGGCUAGGAUCAUGGCAAACUGAAAUUUCAGGAACUGAGCUCCAUCAUUUCACGGAUGGAGAGGCAUCGAAUUCUGAAGAUAAACAGUGUGCACCUGAGUGCCCAGAUCAAAACCCAGCAUCGCAGACAGCAGAGUGCAUAGGUCUAGAAUCUGAGAAAGCCUUCAAUUUGCCAAGUAUGACAGCAUCAAAAAGCCUGCCAUUACUAAAGGCAGAUGAAAAACACCUUUUAACAUCCAGCAGCCCUCUAAUUGAAAUAAUGAAAGGAAAUAUCAAUAUAGUCUAUCCUCCUCAGAAGAAAAAGAUUAUGAUUUACAUUUGUGGUGGCUACAAAGAUACAGAACAUGAAAGGAAUGCGUUAAUGAAGAAUGUAUACCCACAGUUAAACAGUUAUUGCAAAGAAAGGGGUUACGACCUCAUGAUGAUUGACCUUAGGUGGGGCAUGAAAGAUGGAAUUAGUGACAAUCAUACAAUGGCCCGACUACAUCUCGAAGUACUUAAGGAAUGCCAAACUUCAGAAGGCUCCAUUUUUAUUCUUUUAAUUGGCCAAAAGCAUGACCCGCUUUUCCUCCCUGACAGCAUCGUGAAAGAUGACUUUGAAGCUAUUUUGAACUUUAUUGAGGCCAAGAAAUUAGAGGCUACGACAUGGCAGCAUGGAGAACACAACUGUCAGCACCACACACUGCUUGAGGGCCCCGGACUGUGUGAGGAAUCUCAGAGCGGAAAACCCCAUCUGACUAACGCUUCAACUCCACUAGAUAAGGAAGUGCCAGAAAGCUGUGACACUGGAGCCAGUGAAAUCCAGUCUGCCCGUGUCCCUCAGGCACAUGACACAAAUGAUACCGUACCUCAGUCUACACCAGACUUUGGGAAAGCAAUUGGGCUUCUUCAGCAGUGGUACAAACUGGAUGAAAACUGCAUUCCCAGUGUUUACAGGCUGCAGCCAAUAAGGACACACUUCAGAGACAUUUACAGUAUGGAUCCUUCUCGUAGACAGCUUUCAAAGAAUAAUUGGUCAAGUUCUGCCCAGAAACUACACAGUAUUCUCCAGGAAAAUGCACCUUUGGCACUCGGUAAAGAAAGAGCCUCGAAUCUUCUAAGAACAGUUAUAGAACGCGAGGUUAACCAGGGUCUACAGACAAGGGGACCUCCAGAGGAUCAUUGCCAUUGGUUUAAACGGUAUAUCACUGACAUCCGAUGCAACCUGUCAAGCGAGAAAGCUGCAGACUUUAUUGAUGUCUGUCCACGGAUGCCAGAAAUUAAUAAAGAAUUGUAUGAAGCCCACACACAGUUUCUGGAAAGCAUUCAUGCCAAGCUUCGGCACACCAAUAUUUAUGAGUACAAGGUCAGCUGGGGAAGGGAUGGAAUCAGUCCGCAGCUUAACAGGUCCCACUUAGUCUACAUCGAACGCCUGUGUGCCGAUUUCCAAAAAACCUUCAUUGCUCACUUUCACAGGAACAUUGGCUCACUGAAUACUAAGAGAGGGCCAGAAAGAAGGUACCACACAAUGAAACGUUGGGUUAAUGAAGAGACCCUAGAACAUGUACAUCAUUGCCAGACACUAGCUGAAUUUUUUGUUGGAAGAGAAACUUUCUUGCUCAACUUGAAGGAAUGUCUGCACGAAUCGAAUCAAAAACCAAUAAUCCUUCUCGGGGAGGUUGGAUGUGGCAAAAGUGCUCUAAUGGCCAAAGCAUCUCUGCUGGCUUCUGAUUGGGUCUCUGGAGAUCUGCGGAAAAUUGUUCGUUUUAUUGGCAUAACAGGAGAGACCCGAAGUAUUCGCAUGCUUCUUCGCAGCCUGUGCAUCCAACUUGCUGAAAUGUAUGACAAAACAAUCUAUUUCUCAGAGGAUUUCUUAGGGUUGCUAAAUGAGUUCACUUCAUUAAUGGAGUUUGCUACUGAAGACAAACCUCUCUUGAUUACUCUGGAUGGUUUGGAGGAAUUAUCUGAUGAUUACAAUGCUUGGAAACUUUCCUGGUUGCCAAGAGAACUGCCAAAAAAUGUCUAUUUCAUUGUUUCUAUGUUCGUUGAGGAGGAUCAGGCAACACUAAAGAAAUUGAAAGAACAUGGGAACAUUCUUCAUGUGCCACCACUCACCACCACUGAAAUUGAGAAAAUAAUAGGUUAUUGGUUGGAAAAAGACCAUCGAAGACUCACAACUGACCAGCUGCAUUUACUGUUGGAAGCCUGCUCUGCCUGUCCUACCCCUCUCUAUGUCCAGUGUGCAUACAGGGAGUCCCUCAAUUGGCAAUCCUCCAUCCCAGUCUCAGAUAUAUUUCUGCCCCAAAGUCUAUGUCAGUUGUAUUCUGCCAUUCUUAGUAGAAUGGAGAAGGAACACGGAGUAGAGCUUGUGAAGAAAGUAGCGGGGUUGCUAACGUUGUCAAGAAAUGGCAUCACAUUGGUUGAAAUGACUGACCUGCUAUCUCUGGACUGGGUGGUCAUGCAGGAGAUCCAGCAGUUCCAAAAUGUCUCAAUUCCCAAGUUCCCUCUGGUACUUUGGAUGAAACUUCUAAGAGACUUGAACAUCCACAUUGUAGAGUGCAGGACAGACAACACAUAUACAUUUAACUGGUCUCAUUCAGCACUGAAACUUACCUGCUUGAAGAGGUACUUCGUAUCCAGUGAUACCCAGCUAGCUUUACACAUGACCAUAGCAAACUACUUUUUGGGGAAACCAACUAUUCUCCCAGGAGAAUCAAACAACUGUAGCCAGCAAGAGGAGCCAAACAGUCACCCUCUGGCCUGGGUGCUUGAAAAGGAUUCUGAAGUCAACCGUAUGUUUAAUCUACGGAAGCUGAACGGAGUUCCUUACCAUCUGUUGAGGUCGAAUCAAGUAUCGACCCUGAUAGCUGACUGUCUUUUUAAUUUUGAGUUUUUGCUGCACAAAGCGUGGGGUAUGUCUAUUGUCAGUGUGGAGGAAGAUCUCAAAGCAACAAUGCUGCUAGAGAGCAAGGUUGGUGACUUAAACAUACUGAGUGAAGCUAUCCAGCUUUCCAAAAGAGUCUUGCUUCAGGAUCCUUGUCAGCUGGCUUCACAGCUUCUUGGACGUUUACAGCAGAUCAUUACAGAGGAUAAACCAGUGGCUCCAGGUGACCCGAAAAAAUACCCUCAUCUCCUUCAUUUGAUCGAUCAAUGUAAAAGAUCUUCAAUCCCUUUCCUCAUACCUUCAUUCACCUGCCUCUUGCCCCCAGGUGGCUUGCUGUAUGAUACUUUAACAGGUCACACUGACAAGAUUACAGCCGUAACAGGCAUGCAGAAAGGUCUUCAAGCAAUCACUGCAUCCAAGGAUAGGACUCUGAAAAUAUGGGACCUCAAAAAUGGAAAAACUUUGCAGACGGUUUAUGGAGUUGGCGAGAACAUUGAUUCCAUAACUAUCUGCAUGCAGAACAGGCUGGUUGCAGUUACUGAGAAUAACUCUCUCCACGUUUGGGAUAUCCAUUCAGGAAAACAGGUCUUUAAAGUCAGUGACUCUCUGGAUCCUCCCAUUGUAACAUCUGCAAUGGAUGGACAGCUGUUAUUGGCCUUUUACGAUGGAAGUCACUAUGUUAAGAUUUUUGAUUUGACCAACUGCUGCAGAGUACUGCAUCAUGUGAAUGUCUCGCCAGAGGAUGACCCUAUACACAAGGAUCACACUAUUCUGGUAUCUGAGAACUCUGUGAAUGAUUAUGUCCUUUUUGCUUAUCGGAGUGGAAAAGCAGCUAUGGUGUUGAGUGCUAAAAAAGGAAAAGUGGUUGCCAAGUUGUCAACCUGUGACACUAUCGCGUCAAUCCAAGGGGUGGCAGUUACCAAAGAGUACUUUAUUUUAAUGUGCAGAUAUCCAUCCUCAAGACUGUGUGAAGUGCUCCACAUUGAACUGUUUGGUGUGAAGAAUUUUGCUUACAUCCGGACAGUGAAAGGCUGUUGUAACCAUCAUCUUUCUGUCUUGUCUGUAAACCAUGUGGGUUCUCACAUAUUGGCAUUGUGCAGCUCGUUUAAAAUGAACAUCACUGAGAUUGUCUCCUGGAACUUAGAAACUGAAGACCAUAAACACUUGGCCAAGUUCUCUUCAACAGUGAUUGGAGGUGCAUGCCUUGACCUGCAUUUCUGCCUGGCCAUCUGUAAUGGAGAAAAUUUCCUGCGGGUCUGGAACUUAGCUUCUAAGAUCAAUGAUCAGUCAUUGAGCAUCAGUGUGAACAAUAUGAAGAACACUGAAAUGAUUGAGGAAAUUGUUCCAAUGAAAAGCUAUCCUGGGUAUAUAGUGUGCAUGAGCUUAAAUGCAGAGGUUAUCUCUGUCUGGAACAUAAGAAAAUCUAAGUAUAUUGGACGAGCAGUCCAGUCAGAGCGGGGGCUGGUUGAAAGUACAAGCACUGUACUCGUGAGAGAUAUGAAACUUUACAUCCUUUCAGAUAAGAGCUCAGCUACUUUCACAGAAACACCAAGGCCCAUUUUUCAGACACUUGUAAUGUAUGAUCUGUUGAAAAAAAAGUUCUCAAAGAAAUUGACUGGCCUGUAUAUUAUCCCUUCUCCCAAGCAUGAAUUUAGAAUUUUGCCAGGAGAUCUGCUGCUAGGGUUAUCUGAAUACAGAGAUCACCUUGUUAUCUGGAACCUGAAUACUGGAUCAAUAAAGGAACGGAUCAGACCCACAUACAAAGACAAACAUUCCUUAAAUGUCUUCACUUCCUACUCAAAAGACAAUCUCUACAAAGAGCUUCUGACCAAGAAGAAAAAAGAAAGAGAUACGAAAGGAUCAGGAGCAUUUCUCACUCCCUGGGAAAAGCGCAGUGAGACAAAGACAGCACGUAAAAGGAGGCUGGACAAGGAAGUGAAGCAGGAAAUUGAAAUAUUGCAGCAGUUCUCAAAUGAGAAGUCUAACCCUAUUGAUCAGUACCUGCUGAGUGGGGAUGAGAAGAUAAUUGUGUGCUCUUACUUUGCACAUCAUCUUGCUGUCUUCAGCUUGGAGACAGAAUCUCAUAUUCAGACCAUUGAAGACAGGACAUCCAUGCUGUUCUUGCACAUUGCUGCAUUGACGUACAAUGGCAGCUAUCUAGCGCUGUCAAAUUAUAAUGACUUGGAGAAAGUUAGUUACAUCACUUUGUGGGACUUGCAGACAGGGAAGGUCAAGAAACGUUUAAAAAAUGAACCGAACGUCUGUUGUAUUGCGAUCACAGGCAAUGCUGACCGAAUUGUGUUUGGUGUCAUGGAAGCAAACAGACUGAAAGUGUGGGACCCAUUCAGAAAAGGCCACAAGACAAUCCCAGGAUAUGAAAACCUUCAUUUUAGAACAAACAGUACUGUGCAUUUGACAGAUGGUGGAUCAAAAGCAAUCGUUUUCGCAGGUGACGUGAGUGUUUGGGAUCUUGAUAGUGGCACAGUACUGUCCAUUUUUACACCAGACAGCGUUAUUCAAAACAUGACUUUAGCACUUGAAAGCAACCUCAUUCUUCUUGGCAUGAGCAACAAUCCUGUCCUCAUUGUCUUAAAGCUGACAUCAAAGAACAAACUUGAAUUAACUUCCACAGGACGGAAUAUGUUUGGAGAAGAAUCUAGCAGUGAGGAAGAUGACAAUUCUUAUGAAGAUUACAGUCUUCCUCAACCAUGAAUACAAAUAUCUUAACCAUUGUUUGGGCUGUAUCAGUUGAACACAUUGAAUUGAUGGGGUCUGGUGACAUUUUAAGAACACGACUGAACCUUGCAGGGACUUCUACGUGCAGAUAUACUACAACUUUUGCCGCAUUUACAUUUAGUUAGUUUUCACUAAUGCUGCAGUCGUUCAACUGAAGUGCAGACACCUUUCAAUUGCUAGGUUAUAAAUUAAGAUCAACGCGUUCAUUUUAUUUGGAAUUUCCAAAUAAAAUUAGAGCUAAUACAUUAGCAGAUAUUCAACAUUAAGUGGAUUAGCACAUCUUCCUGGUUUGUUUAGAAAUUGACGGUAAACUGGUGGUCCAUUCAGACACUGCACUUUCUCCAUACAACAGCACCUGGUCUAUGUGAAUAUUUAUUUUUCAAUGUCCUAUUUUACAUAUUAAAUUGAAAGCUUCCAUUCUCUUAUCCUGAUAUUUUAUAUCAAGACCAUAAUUUUUCAAGUUGCAUAGUUUUAAAAUUUAUGCAAGGAAUUGGAAUAAGAGUGGUGGAAUUAAUAGCAACUGGCUUAAGGAGGUAUUUGGAGUAUUCUGAAAAACAAUUUUUGGAAUAACCAACUUAACUCUAUUGCAGACCCUGAGAUUUCGUCUAUAGUGAGGCUGUGUUUUGUAUUUUUCUUUAAACCAAGAAAAGAAUUAACUCUGAAAGCAAAAAAAAAACCCAGGAAGGCAGAUUAUUAUUUGAAUGGCUACAAAUUGGGAGGGGAAUGUUCAACAAGACCUGGAUGUCUAUGUGCACCAGUCACUGAAAGUAAGUGUGCAAGUUCAGUAGGUAAAGAAAGCAAACUGUACCUUGGCCUUCAUAGCAAGAGGAUGAGAGUACAGGAACAAAGCAGUCUUGCAAGAAUUAUGCAGACCACUGAUGAGGCAACACCUGAAAUAUUGUGCACGCCAUUUUGGUCUCCUUAUCCGAGGGAGGAUGUCCUUGUUAUAGAGUAAGUGCAAAGGUUUACCACAUUGAUUACUGGGAUGUUAACUAGGAGUUUGUAUAGGGACCCCUGCUUUAUAUUGAAGGUCCUGACCUUGGCAUGCAGGGAGAAAUUCUCAAGUUUGCAAUGCUUCCAAAUUCUAUAAAGGAGGGCACUUGGCUGAAGUUCAGUGAGGAGACUGAGAGGUGAUGCACUGAGGUCAGCUGAACUUAGAUCUCUGCUGGAGUACUGAGUAGUUCUGUGUCCUACAGUUUAAAAUGGAUGAAAACAUAUCAGGUAGAAUGCAGAAAAUGGUUAUGAGAAUGAUUCUGGAUGAGACACAUCAGUUUUGAAAACAGUUUGGAGCUUUGAUAUUCUUUCUUCACCACAAUGGAGUCUGGACAGUGUAAACUGGGAGUAACUGUUCUGUUUUAUGGAAACAUCUAGAAUGAGAGGGCACAUAUGCAUAUGAUUUGCAGAAUAAAGAUACUCAAUGUGAGAAAAACAAAAUUGUCCCAUCGUGAAUAGUUAAAGUCUGGAAUACCUGGAAGCAUGGUGGAAGUAGGUUCAACUGAGGCAUUCAAAAGAACAUGAGCUGAUUAUUUAAACAGAAACUAUGUUUGGUGUUAUGGGGAAAAGGCAGGAAAGUAGCACUGAAAUUAUGCUCAUUCAGAGCUGGUGCAGACUCAACAGGCUGAAAGACUACAACAAUUCAGGAUUCUGUUUAUUCUUCUAGAGAAUGAAAUGGCUUUUCUAGGAGUUUCAGGAUACAUGAGAAUUUCACUUACGUUUAUCAUGGAGAUGUAGGAGGAAGCCAAGUGAGAAUACAAGUGCUAAUCAAAACUGACCCUCAAUUCAGUGCCUCAGAUUUGACAUCUCAUGCUGAUGAUGGUGCUGGAGGUAAUAAUGUGGUCCAAGAUAUAGACUAUUUUGCUUCUCUCAGAAUAAUGAGUGCACUUGCACAAAAGUUUAAAGCAGCUUUCGAUCAAAUCUACUUAAAGUACUAGUGAGUUUUGAGAAGAUUUGUAGCUCAGAAAGUGGGACAUAACACCAGCGCUUCAUUGGAGGCUCACUGAUGAUGUUACUUAGAAUGGUGACAAAACGUCUGAAAACUAACCUUUCAGCUCAGCGAGCAAACUCACAUCCAGCUAAUUAAAGUACCACAAGCUAAAGUUUAACUCCUAAAUAUGAUGCCAAAAUCUAUAACACUGUUGCUACUGUAAGCACCAAAUUGUGUUAGACUAAACCUGAAGGGCCACACAAAUUAUAUCUGGCCAACCUUUGCAAUAAACUAAGUUACCACUUCCAGUGUCUCAACAGGAGGACUGUACUCUCCUUAAAUGUUAUACACUUCCUAGAUGUUAAAUCCAUAGAUGCAGAGAGAUAUGUAUUCAGCUACUUUGAGCUCCUUUAAAAGCUGCUUAAAUAAGCAAAUCUUCGCAAAUACGAUUUGGGGUACACAAGUCAAUGUACAUUAAUUAGAAUUCAGCCAUGUUUAAUACCAUAGUAAAAAUGAUUGCAUAGUUAUACAUACAAUUUAAGCUGAUGCCUUAUACAUGAUGUUGAAAGUUAUUAAA